CGUGCUCAAAAACAAUAUCGUGCGUUGAAAAAGCCAGCUAAUGCAGAUUUUGUGCUGAUCAAUCAUUCAUCAUUAUGUGUCUUCGUUGAAAAAACGUUGAUGGAAAAACAGAAGCAAAAGAACAACCGGACAGUUUUGUUAUAAUUAAACUACUUAAUAGUUACAAGCCCGUCACCACUCACAUGGCUCCUCAUCAGAUGACAUCAUCCUCCCCUCUACCACCCCCUCAUCCUCCUGCCGUGUCAGCAGUGACCCCGUCAGUCUGAACCAAUCACAGUCGCCCGCCAGUGGGGGAUCAAACAGGAGUCUGAAUAGAGCAGAACCAAGGAAGAUAAGCCAUUGUGGUGUGUUUGGAAUUGUACCUGAGUUGAAGAUAUCAAACGAAGGGAGUCUGAAUAAAUCAGACGAAAAGAGAAGCGACCGAAGCGACCAGGCAAUCGGGCAAGCUUGGAAUUCGCCUAAACAUCAACCGAAAGUAACCCCAGCAUUGGUUCUCGACAACAUGUUACGUCACCAAAACGCAACAAGUGAACAAUUUCUAUCCGAUUCGAAUAACAGCGUGAACACAAACAACAGUUCACGUCUCGGCAGCCAGGAGUUGCUGCUUCCGAGUAUAACGAUUGAUAACUCGAAUAAAAGUGUGCAUCAAUCGGCAAUUUCGAGCAGAAGGCCGCGGUUGAGCAAGACCAGAAGUAUAGAUGAAACAAUGGAACCAGAAAUCGCGCUUUUACCAAUACAUAGUCCUUGUUCGUCGACAUCAAGAACCCCUAAGUCAUCAGACAGGUCUUUAACCUACAGCAACACAAAUAUGGAACCCCCACUGGAACUUCCCUCUUCCUCCUCACCCAUAUUCCCAUCGGGGGGAGAAGACAUGCCAGAUGUUGGAGGCAAUGGGGGUGGGGGAUUCUUCCCUAAAAUCAACUCGUCCCAUUCUCACCCUAAUGGGGACACGGAAGGCGUUACUGAAGUGAACUUGACCGAGCUUUUAUCCGUGCGCCCUUUGACCUCGACUGCUGAAGAGAAAUUGAGACUUCAAGGAGCCAAAAAAUUCCAAGUCAAGAAAAUCUCCGCGCCUACUCCAACAAAUAACAAUCAAUUCAACUACCUCGGCUCUGCUGAAAACCUCGCUCUAAGUUCAGUCCCAGUUCCGAACUUGAACAGAUCUUUUCCUCACCAGAAACAAACCGGAUCUAGAUUCUUUUUCCCAGAUUCGUCUUAUUUACCAAAAGACCAUGAAAAAGAUAAAGUAAGAAGUAGCAGUUCUGAAACAGUAAGCAAAUUGAAAUCACCGAAAUAUAGUUUCCAGAAUUUCCAACCGGCGCUGCCAGCAUUUUCGCCUCCAGGAAGCGCAAGAUCUUUACUUUUUACAAAUUCGGCAUCUAGGAGAGCAACCCAACAUAAUGCUGACGCGUCGGAAAUUACAAGGCCGAGUACACGAGCUUUGUCUAUUGUAAGCAUAGACGAGCAAGCCCGAAUUGACGACGACCAAAACUCCUUAUAUGGAGAUAAUUUCGACGACCGCAGCGAAACUUCAAGAUCGGCAAGAAAACCAAGUUUGGCCGAUCGACGAAAUCAAUUUCGUAGUCGAAAACAAAACCCGGACCCUAUUAAAAGAUCUUUUGAUUCGGAAAAUGCUAUUCGUCUUUCAACUGACGAAAUUGUGAAUGACACUCAAUUUAGAGCUUUGUCGCCCCAUAUUGAGUCGCCCGAAAAUGCGCAUUCGAUUACUGCCAGUAAAAUAAAAUCAUCUGAUUCCAUAAUUCGAGAUACCAGAAGUCCGACACGUUUAACCCCUCAUUUUGUGCUACCGCCUAUAGGUACGUUUAGAGAUUCGUCGGAGACAAGAAACUCAAAAGUUACUCAAAUUGACGAAACAAAAAUUGAAAAGUUGGUUAAAAAUGACGAUUUGAAAGACAAGCUGAAGAACACUUCAAAACCAGCUGAAUUUUUUCCGGACGAUCCUGGAAACAUUUUCGGAAUUGUUUUGGAAAACAAAGACAAGACAAAGCAGACUGUGGAACAGACAAAAAAUGAAAUGGAAAAAAUUGAUGAAAAAAGUCUAGUAGAUGAAAUAAUCAGUGCUUCUAAGCGUCCGUCAUUUGAUGAAAAACAAAACAAAAAUGAUUCUAAGCCAAACAAUGAAAGCAUCAUUUCUAAAAGUAAAGAUGCAGAUAAUUCGCCUGAAAUUUUAACAAAAUUAGAAACAACUGAUGAUAGUGUCAUUGCCUUAAUCACAGAUACAAAAGAAGAUCAAAUAAAUAACGAUGAAAUUCAAGAAAUUGACAAAACGGAUGAGGAAGAUUUAAAAUCUCGAAAUACUGAAGCUCGACAAAGGAUUUCGGUCAAAACCAAUUCUACAGCCAAUGCAAGAAAAGAAACGGAAAACAAGCCAAAGAAUACAAGCCCUUCAACCAAUCAGAACCAAGGAGCCGAGAAGAAGAUCUCGCCCAAUCAAAAACCAGGAUCCGAUUCACAUGCUUCAACCAAUCACAAUCUAAAAGUCGAAAAGAAGCUGUCGACCAAUCAGAAUCCAGAAGCCGAAAAGAAGCUCUCAACCAAUCAGAAUCAAAGAACCGAAAAGAAGCUCUCGACCAAUCAGAAUCAAGGAGCUGAAAAGAAAACAUCAACCAAUCAAAAGAAGACUUCUGAAGCUAAGAAUUUAGCCAAUGAAUUUGAAGCUGUGCCAGAAUUUGUGAGAGAAGUUUCAAAAUCAGCUGCAAACGCAGCGGAAAAAGUCAUGUCAGAAAAGGAGAAAGCUCAAAUAGAAAUUGCCCAAAAUUUCAAUAUGGCCAGACAAAAAUCAAACCUAAGCCAACAAAAUAAUUCAAAAAAUAAAGUGACCGCCCAAAAUACAGUUAAAGAAAAAUCAAAUGUAACAGCUGCGUCUAACGAACGCCCUAAGGCUGCAAUUGCUAAAGGAAAGGUCGGAACAAACAACCCCAAUUCGAAUGGUGAAAAACCGAAACCAGCCAAUAGUAACACAGGGACAUCAAAAAUGCCACAAAAACAAGCAAGUAUAGCUGCCAAAAACAACAACCAAAAAGUUACGGUUAUUUCGAGAAAUCCUUCAAUUUCCAAAAUGGAAACAAAAACCUCGAAAACUUCCGUUAAUGCAGUUGCAAGUGGGACUAAAACCCAAUUGGACGUCGAAAACAUUACACCUAAAAUAUCAUCUACCUCUAAGCAAAAGUCACCACUUUCUGAAAAAGUAUCCGGGAGUUUUCCGGAAAAUCAAAAUGAUGCUGAAUCUAAAAACACGGUCAGUUAUCGAUUUGACGGUGCAAAUAAAUCUGCAGCUGAAAAGAAUGACGUAAUUAUCGACGAUGCUAAAAAAGCAGGUGAAAAAUCAACAGACUACGAGAGAACUGAUGAAAAUGGUAUUGUUGAUUCACGUUUGGCUGAAUUUUCACAAGGUACAACAAAAAUAGUUACAGAAACAAAAGAAGAAACAAUAGAAAUUGUAUGCACUGAAACUGAUAUGCCAAAAAACGUACCGAUUGUAACGCCAAAACAAUCAGAGAAACUGCCGGAAAACGUUAAAAAUUCACCGUCAAAUCAAAAACCAUCGCUGACUAUCAAAAAUGCAAUGGAUAGUAUAUCACGAGACCGUUUAGUAGAUUCUCAAGCUGCUUUUCAAAGUGAAAUUAAAGACAUUUCUGCAAUCAACACAGCACCUCAAAUGCCUUCAAGAAAGCUAGAUCUUUCAAAAACAUCGAUUGUUUCAAAUAAAUCGACCGCCAGUUCCAAAAACUCUGUCCCAUCUAAACAACAAACUGCGAAUGCCAUGAAGAAACCAAGCAUUAAUUCGAAACCUCAAAAUGCUCCGAAUGCAACGAAACCCAAGAAAAAAGAUUCAAAUGCGAAAUUGAAGAAAAUGCAAUCGAAUUCUGAACCAAAAGAUCUAAUUAACGAUGAUGUUAUUUCAAACGAUAUCAAAGGAGUCGAAAGAGAAAAAACGAGAGUAGAUGAUUUUUAUAAAGAAUCAGGCCCGAAUAAUACAGCUCUUGUUUCUGGCAAAGGAUGGCAUAUAUCAGUCACGUUAAAAGAUCCACCCAAUCAAGAUUUGAGCGACAAUCAGAUUCCAGAUAUUGAGGAAAAUCGAGAAAAACUCGACCAAAAUCCAAUCAGAAAUGAACAUUCAGAUGGACAAAACGAAUGCAAAUUAAUGACCAACAGUCAUCGAGAUUCUAUAACAUCAAGUGCUCUUUUAAGUCGAGAAGAAAACAACGAAUUAUGUCUUCUUCUUGGAAAUACGUUACUUGAAAAUAAUCAUCAGCAAAACUCAAGCGAAAAUGAAAAAAAAUCACCCGGAACAGAAUUUAGCGAUACGGACACUAUUGCAAACGAACGGCAAGCUGAUAUGAACUUUUUCCAAGAUUUGGACAACUUGACGAGAGAAGAUUACAUACGUCCAUUAACUGGAGAUUCUUUCAAGGAAUUAAGACCGAUUACUGUUUUGUCAGAACGCCAGGUAUCCUUUGCCGACGAUACAAGUCCUCGCGAUGCCGACGAUGUAGCUCCUCAUGAUGCUGGCAUCACUGAUGCCAAUAAAGCCGGACCUUCAUCAUUUGGUGCUACUGGAACGCACCAUGGUGUUUUAUCAGAACAAUAUCGAUCUGUGCACAUUGAAAAUCAGCCAGAAACGGAAGUUUUCAACAACGAUCGUGGUUUGAAUGUGAUUCAAGAGGAGUCCUGGGCGUUCACGUCUCACAGUUCGUCAUCAAAUUAUUCAUAUAGGUCGUCUGCAAAUUCAACGGUGACCCCCACCCCUCGCGACAACUCAUCUGAAUCUUUAUCCCGUCCUUCGAAUCAGAAUGACUCUCAAAGUGGUAGUAAUAGCAAUGGCCACUACAACUACGCAUUCCACAAGGGAGGAUCACCAACUGGACGACUGGUCUAUUGGAAGAAAGGCAACAAACUGGGCCAUGGUGCAUUUGGAACAGUUUGGCAGGGGCUGACCUCUUCGGGACAGUUGAUAGCAGUGAAGCAGAUCAAUGUGGUGGUCGAGAAUGAGAGCCACGCUCAGGAGGAACACGUGAAGCUGCAGGAAGAAGUGAACAUGCUCAAAAACCUCAAACACAAAAACAUCGUCAAGUACAUUGGAACUACAAUAGACGACCACAUGUUGAACAUCUUCAUGGAGUACAUUCCAGGGGGGACCAUAGCGGGAAUACUGAAGACAUUCGGUACUCUAGAGGAGAGAGUGAUUGGGGCUUACACGUGGCAGUUGGUCAAUGCAGUCGAUUAUCUUCAUCAGAAUGAAGUCGUCCAUAGGGACAUCAAGGGGAGCAACUUAAUGCUGAUGUCAGACGGAACUAUCAAACUCAUCGACUUCGGGUGCGCCAAGAAAAUGGCCAUGAGCCUCUCCAUGACCCGUUCCAAAGUGCUGAAGAGUAUGAAGGGAACCCCCAACUGGAUGUCGCCUGAGGUCAUCAAAGAAGUGGGUCAUGGCCCCAAGAGCGACGUGUGGAGUGUGGGCUGCACUGUGUUCGAAAUGGCCACUGGCAAACCACCCUGGUCAGAUAUGGUUCCAAUCGCUGCUCUUUUUGCCAUCGGAUCCGAAGACAAAGCAGUGCCUCAACUACCUGAUUCGAACCACUCGGCAGACAUAAUCCACUUCGUAAGCAGUUGCAUGACACGGGACGUUGCCUUGAGACCUUCGGCUGAAAGACUACUCUCGGCCGAAUUCGGAUUUCUGGCUUCGCACCGGGAAAGAAGGGAGAGAAAAUUGUCAAGGUUCUCCCAGAAAGGAGCCUAAAAACUGAAUGUGAAACUAUAUUAAAAACAGAAAUAUAUUUUUCAUUGAAAAUGCAACAUAUUUUCUUAG